CUCUCCAAUGGGCUAAUGCUUAAUCUUUCGUUUCUUCAGACGCUGUCUAUUAGCGAGGAGCUCAGGCGAGCUCUAAAUGCAAACACCGGGAUCUCCUUGGACACGGACGUGAUACUUCCCGAUCUGAUCGGCACGGAGGUGACGAUUCCGGAUCUGGUGGGCACUACCGAAAUCCUCAGCGAGGAACACAGAGAACACCUUUGCCGGCAUCUCUCUGCCAGGACCGAGGGCUACCCCUGGACUCUAGUCUUCAGCACGAGCCAACAUGGCUUCAGCCUCAACAGCAUGUAUCGCAAGAUGGCUAAAGUUGAGAGUCCGAUCCUUCUCGUCAUCGAAGACACGGAGGGGAAUGUUUUUGGUGCUUUAACGUCUUGCUCUUUGCACGUGAGCGACUACUUCUACGGUACCGGUGAAUCCCUCCUCUUCAGGUUCACGCCAAGGUUCCAAGCCUUCAACUGGACAGGCAACAACUCCUUCUUCAUCAAGGGAAACAACGAGAGUCUCGCAAUAGGCGCCGGAGACGGCAAAUUCGGACUGUGGCUGGACGGAGACCUGUACCAAGGAAGGACGCAAUCCUGUAGCACGUACGGCAACGAGCCGCUGGCACCCAGGGAGGAUUUCGUCGUGAAAACUUUGGAAUGUUGGGCAUUCAUAUAGGACACGGCUUCGUUCCUACCCACGAUUUCACUCUCGUCCUCGCCUCAGCCUAAUUUAACCUGAAUCGGAGGUUCCGCGACGGGACCCGACCUCAGAAGCAGGAGAGAAGUCGAAGGAGAUUUUCAACGGGUUUUGCGAAGCUGUCGUCGUUCGGAGAAGCGCCUCACCUUCCGAAACUUGGUAGUUUCGCUUCGUCGGAGGUGGAAGAAGUCGAUGAAGGCAACCGGACGGAUUGGGGAAUGUACAUACACGAGAGGAAGAGAAGUACUUUAGACUGAACCGCGGAAGGGAGGAUGGAACGCCGUAUGGGAAGCGGAUGAGAAAGGAGAGAGAAGAUCUUGCAACGGCAGAAAUGUCUACCCGUUAGCUCCCGAGGCCUUCGACGACUCGGCUUUUACAGACUGUCAUUUAUUCUUAAUUUUCCUUCCCUUUCUUUUUCUCUUCUUUUUUUAAUUAAGCGUAUUUAUUUUAUCCCGUUUCUUUUUAUAUAUAUAUAUAUAUAUAUCAUAUAUGCUAAACUCAAUCGAUACUCGGUCGAUCGUGCCGGAUCGAUGGGGGCACCUUUGCGCGACGCGUUUCGACGCCGUGAGUUGUCAAGAUUACGAUUACUUUGUGCCUCGAUCGCCGCCGGAAACGCGGACGAACGAAACAGUCGCCGCGGAGCACGAACGCUCGGACGAGGAUCGGAGCUACCAAAAGAUCAAAUUCUAAGCCAAUGGUAACCAGAGAUUCAACACGAUACUACGAAACGCUAACUAACCAUUUGUUGAUGUGUAGAUAAUGUAGAUAGUGAAUGUAAAUAUAUGUUACAGUCGUGUUGUAAU